AAACUCAUGUUGAUCUCAUUUGCCAGCCAUGGAGUUGGCAAAGGAGCCCUAUUUUGCCUCCACUCCUUGUACUUUAGGCAGCCUCCGUGCAGCUGUUGGCCGUCAGUUGGCCGAGGCUCUUUGCCCACCGGCCACAGCUCGCAGCGAGCGCAGCGAGCGCAGCGGCGCCACGGUGCUCCAAAGCGCCGUGGCGCAGCAGCCGCCACGGCCACACUGUGGGCGCCAAUACCUUGGACCCGUGGCGGCCGCCGGUCACCUGGCGAUGCCCCGACCGACGACGCCGGCCUCAGGCUGGCCAGCCGACUUGACUGCCAGGGCGGGUGUAGGCGUCCGCGGCUUGGUGCCCUGGGGCACCCUGUUUGAGAGCUUCAUGACCUGCCUGGUAGAGCCUUCUCGGAAUGGGCUCUAUCAGUUCUGCGUGGUUGGCCUGGAUGCAAACCACCCAGGUAAUCCCAGGUAUUUGGCCUGGGAACCUACUGGCUACUUCGACCGAUGGUUCUGUGGCGACGAGGUGGAGUCCCGGCUGGCGCUGCAGCGCUCGCACAAGGUCUACAAGGAAGGAGAGUUGCGAAAGGCAGUCCGAUGGCCAGACGCUGCAGAUCCCUACAAAUCCCUUGUGCACUCCGGAAAUCUUCCGGAAUUGGAUGCCCAAGGGCUACCAGUCAUCACUGCAGCUUGCAAGCAUCGGCCUAGGACCUCCAUUGACCUCAUGGGCCCGCUGCUGCAUGAAUGGAAGCGGCUUUGGCUGGUGCAGCGGGGCCGAACGCCGAAGCUUCUUGUGUUGGACGGCUCUGGACGGUUGGCGAUGCAUUUGCAGGACUCCCUGAAGCAUGUGGAAGUUGUUGCAGCGGAUGUGAAGAGGCGGCUGGAGCCAAAGCCACUACGCUCUUUGUGGGACAAGCGCCGACUUUCAGUGGAUGACGUGAUACUUAAGACAACACCACCUGAGCUGAAGCUUCCUGCCAACAACUUUGACAUUAUAAUCCUGCCCUUCGUUCUACACAGGCUUUUUGAUGGAGACACAGAUUCUCUCCUAGCAUUGCUGCGGGAUGCUCUUCGAUGCUGCUCGUGUCAGGUCCUGGUGGCUGAGGACAUAACACACCAAGUGCAGCCUUGCAGCUUUCUGCGGCCCAACUCCAGGACCUCACUGGCGAGACUUUGCGCAAAUGGAGGCCAAUUGUGCAGGGGGACUGGUCUGCAAAAAUCUUGCUGGAUGGCGUGCUGCCACAUGGAGAGGUGCGCGAUCACUUCCUCUCGCCCAUCAUGGACUCAACAGACAGAAGGUACUUGGUGAUUGAUGCCUCCAAGUUCCAAGAUCGGAGAAAGGCCCGGGAAAGCCUGCUGCCAGCAACGAAGCAUGUUUCAAAAAUACCACCCUGACUUAGCAAGCUUCACAGAAAGAGGAACGCUUCAGAAUCCAAUCUGCAAGUUGCGAGAUUGGGAGCUCUGGUUUUGUUUCACCCGCCCUGGAAGGCUUCAAAGUUAAUCUGAAAGGGCUGACAACUGUCCUUGUUCGUACCCUUUGGUGAACAAGACAGCUGGCUACAAUGGCCCGUUUAGUUUUUUGUU